UAGUUAGUGGCUUUUUGCGGGCCCAGACAGACGCGUUCGUUUGUCCCAAUGGAUAAAGAUGAGGAUAAACAGAAAGGGGACAAAGAUUCCGCACCCCAGUCAACCUCCUCAUCCGCUGAUUGGAGCGACAAGCUAGCGGAGCUGGUCGCCUGGUUCGAGGGCAAUCCCAAUCUGCCCGAAAAGAUCGAACCGAUAGUUAUGCUACGAUUCCUUAAGUGCAUGGCAUUUAAUGUAGAACGCACCAAAUCUCUGGUGGAGCUCAACUAUAGUAUGCGGAAUAAACAUCCCCAUCUGUUUAUGGAUCGCAACAUGGAGGACGAGAUGACCGCCAAGGGCCUGCGGGUAUCGGACCUUUUGAUACUACCCGGAAUUACGCCCCAGGGAAAUAAGCUGCUUUUCUUUCGCAUGGCCGAUCUAGAUCCACAUACGCGAAAUUCCGUGGAGGAGACUAAAAUCUUCUUUAUGAUGAGUGAUGCACGAUUCACUAUGCCGGAUGUGGAGCGAGGGACUGAAAGCGGAAAGGAUUAUGUACUGGACGAAGCGGAUAUUGCGCAAGGCGAUGUUCAAAUCGUGGAUAUUGAGGGCUAUACUAUACGUCACCUGGCCUACGUUUCCAUUUUUGUGCUGCGUAUUUAUAUGAAGUUCCUUCAAGAGGCUUAUCCUUCUCGUCUUCAGGCCAUGCACGUAAUCAAUUGUCCCUCUUACCUGGACAGGCUCAUCUCCAUGAUGUCCCCCUUCCUGAGGGAGGAGGUUCGGAAUAUGAUCAAGUACCAUACAGAGGGACUGGAAAGCCUCUAUAAGGAAGUGCCCAGGGACAUGUUGCCGGAGGAGUAUGGAGGCAAGGCUGGCUCUAUAGCGGAACUCAAGGCCCGGGGCGUUCAGUCUAUCAAGGACAAAACUGCCUAUUUGAGCGACGAGCGCUAUUGGAAAGUGGCUUCCCAGAGCAAGAGCCGAUGGUCCUGGUUCUAAUCUUACGAUAUUCUGAUAACUUCCACGUGAUAUAAUUUCAAAUGUGAUCAAGAAGCGCGCCUUGCCAAAUCGUUUAGCCGGGGAGGUCCCAAAAUUAUAUACCUACAGGGUUUUUAAGCUCAGUUUGGCGAUUCGAAAGAAUGAAGCUGCACUCAAUGAAGAAUUUAUAAAUA